AUGGCUCGUAGAAGAGGGGCUGGACGAAAUUCAGUCACGCCUAGAGGAGAGGCAAAAAUUUCUCAAGAUCAUGCUCUUGACUCAUCAUCAGAACAUGAGGAGCGCAGAUUUGCUCGUCCGGAUAAAAUUAGCCCCCAUCUCUUCUGUGUUAUUUGUUCUGAAGUCUUUAUCAAUCCUUACCGUGCCCCAUGCGGUCAUAGCUACUGUUUUACAUGCAUUACAAAGUGGAUGGAAACCGCAAAAAUUUGCCCAGUUGAUAGAAAGAGUAUCGCAUUGAAACAACUACAUCAUGAUUUUAUCCUUGAAAGCAUAAUUGGUGAUUACACUGUCGCUUGUCCAUGGCGAUCGUCAGGAUGCAGUUAUGUAGGUCCUCUGUGUCAGUUGGAUAGUCACAAAAAAAAUUGCGUUAUGAAUCCGGAUCUCUUACCCGAAGUUCUGCGCGUUCGGGAGAAAGAAAUCCUCAAACAACGUAAUUCUAGCGGUUCUAUGCCCUCAGCUUCCUCGUCUCUCCCUCCUCCCGUUUCUACUAACAACCACAAUUUAUCUGGUUCGGUUACACUUGACGACACUCUAAAUGAAGACGAGGAAGGUCAUUUGCCUCCUGCUCCGCCCCCUUCCCUCGUGAUGCGCCUUUUCCAGGGUGCGAAUGAGUCAAGCCGUGAUCUCCUUUGCAACUUUCUAGGUGGUAGUGUUCUACAAGGGAAACGACCUGCUUCACCUGCGAGAGGUCGUGGAAAGCGCGGAAGGAAAGUUUGA